CGCCUAUAUUAAUUGCAUAUAUUGUACGUGCUAACCAUACCCCUUCCUACCCCGGGGUUCACCUAUCCCAAAAACGGUUUUUUCCCUAGUGUAGAUAUGGGCUUCCGUAACCACACCCAUCGCGAGACAUCACCACGGCUCUGUGGCUACACAUGGAAGGCCGCCCCCUCCAACUCGUCAACUAUGCUCGCGAAGACAUCUAAUGGGUUACCAUUCAAGCCAUUGAUCUCGUGCGUCAAACGCCGGCUGAGGCCGCCGCGCCCGCUCGUAGCCCACCCGUCCCUGCGAAUCCAUAGUACGCGGCCCUUCUCCGUCCAACCCAUCCUCCGGUCGCGCGAGGCCCGGGCAGACUCGCCGCGUCGCUUCACCUACCAUGUCGCCGCCUCGUUCUCUGCCAAGCACAAGACCUUCGACCCGACCGGCGAUGUCUUCCUCUUCGACCCGUACAACCGUAUCCAGACGGAGAAGAAGCGUCCCAAGUCGAAGCGCCCGGCUAGUGGGCAGGAUGCCUUCUUCAUAAGCCGCGUCGGCGACACCAACGCCGUCGCGUUCGGAAUCGCCGACGGCGUCGGGGGCUGGGAGGAUAGCGGCGUCGACCCGGCUGAUUUCUCGCAUAGUUUCUGCGAUUACAUGGCCUCGGCUGCAUACGAACACAGGCUGGAUGCGGGCGAGUCGCCGCUUACAGCUAGGUCGCUGAUGCAGAGGGGAUACGACGCCGUCUGUAAGGACCGAACCAUCCACGCGGGGGGUAGCACGGCCGCCAUCGCCAUCGCGAGCGAGCAUGGUAAGCUGGACGUAGCCAAUCUAGGCGAUUCCGGAUUUGUGCACCUGCGCCUGAAUGCCGUGCACAGCUAUUCGGAGCCACAGACGCACGCCUUCAACACGCCCUACCAGCUCUCCGUCGUGCCGGCCAGCAUGCUCGCGCGCGCUGCCGCGUUCGGCGGGGCGCAGCUGUGCGACUACCCUAAGGACGCGGACGUCACACAGCACACCCUGAAACACGGCGACGUUCUCGUCUUCGCCAGCGACGGGGUCUGGGACAAUCUAUUCAACCAAGACGUACUGCAUAUCGCCAGCCGGUUCAUGAUCCGCCACGGCGCCUGGAGGGCGGGCGACGGCGGCAUACUGGUAGGUGACGACCUGCGGCCGUAUACCCAACCCCAAGACCCGAGCCGUUGGCGGGCGGCGCUCCAGAGCGCGCUAGCUCUCGAGAUCACCAUGGCGGCCAAAUUAGCCAGCACGAGCCGGCGAGUCGACGGGCCGUUCGCGAAGGAAGUUCAGAAAUACUACCCCCAGGAGAACUGGCACGGCGGCAAGAUCGACGACAUCUGCGUCAUCGUUGUCAUCGUAUCCGAGGACGGGGGGUCGGAGGCGACCAAGAGCAAACAGUGAGACGACUUCUUAGAAAUGGCUUGGCCACCGGUUGGGUCUUUGCAUCGUCGGGCGUUUAAAAAUGGAGGGAGAGGGGGAGGGAGGACGGGAAAUUCAUAGACCACGGGCAUUCUGCAUGACGUACCCAUGAGAACGCGGACAGGGCAAUGCGAUUCUUAUUAGACCCCCCUUCACCCUCUCCAACUCAGCAGGUGUUGCUGUAGGUACAUCGGCGAAUCUCGCGCUUUCAGCCACGUCCGUAAGACGGUAUUAGGUCGGAUGCUGCGCCCAAGCCCAUG